AUGGAGCAUCCCGUCGCGGGAUAUUCGAAUCAUCGAGAAGUUCGCCAGAGAGCACCUAUGGUACACGGGGGAACCAGUUUGAGGCUUAGUGAAGGUAGCGAGUCUCCGGUGCUCGAAGCUCAUCCUGGAUCCCCUGUAGAUUUGACUGGCCGGCGUCCGUCUUUGACGUCUGCAAUGGCUGUUCAACGCCUGUACCAUGGAAGCGAAGAGGAGUUUUCGAAGUUUGAAAGAUCGACAAAAGCAGUGGGGAGAAACGAAGAAGCUAUCACGAGGAACGGCGUGGCCGCAAAAGGAUAUCCGAAUUGCGUGAAUGGAAUAGAUAGGGAUGUGCUGAAGGUUCCGAAACGAAGAGUUACGGGUUUGCAACCGUUUUACAUUCCAGCUAAAGUGCCAGAGCAAGAAGAGAUCCAUCAAGUUACAAUUACCGGAGACAGCAAAACGGCCUUGGACACAUCGGUAGAAACGACGGCAAUGGAUUUCGACUUUGAGGAGGACAGUGGAACUUGGAUAUCCGCACACCCGAUAGGUCACGAAUCGAGGACCAGCUUGGCAACCACGACCACUGCAUCAAGCACUCUCGUUGACGAUCGAUUCAGUAAUGGUGCAUUGACAUUGGACACCAGCGUUGCUAGCUCCGCAGCAAGCAUGAUGUCCUCUGCAGCCAGUAUCCAAUCCGCCACAACCACAACCUCUUCUGACAUAUACGGCUGGGAAGAAGAACUUGACCGCAAGACCAGUAUUGAAGGUCGCCACGCUUGGGAGCGAGAAGUCGCUCGAAGAUUGCCAAGCGGUGGUCGCGCUGUAGGACCUCGACAUCGAGGAGGCGGCUUGUACUCCGCAGGGAAAAGAAAGAGUUUGCUCUAUAGAGUUUUGAAUCUCUCGAGUUCACGAGAACGACGGAUUUCGGUUGAUGAGAUUGCCGAGCCGGGAAUUGUGAUGAGUCCCGCCCAUGAAUACCCCACUUCUGCAAUUUGA